AUGUCUGACUACGAGGAUGAGAUGGACGUGGAUGCUCCCAAUGAGGUCCAAUUCAGCUCAGAUAAUGCUGCAGGCAAGAAGAGAACAGUGGCCGACCUACCAGUGGAAGCUCAAGACAAUCUCCCUUGGGUCGAGAAGUUUCGCCCCCAGAGUCUAGAUGAUGUCUCUGGACACCAGGAUAUCCUAACAACGAUCAACCGGUUUGUCGAAGCGAAUCGCCUCCCUCAUCUCCUCCUCUAUGGCCCUCCUGGAACCGGAAAGACCUCAACCAUUCUCGCUCUCGCAAGGCGGAUAUAUGGUACCAAGAAUAUGCGCCAGAUGGUGUUGGAGUUGAAUGCCAGUGACGAUCGUGGUAUUGAUGUGGUCCGAGAACAAAUCAAAACCUUUGCCAGCACAAAACAGAUCUUCUCCAUGGCGCCCCAAGCCGGCAGCACCAACCUCGCCGGCUUCAAAUUAAUCAUCUUGGACGAAGCAGAUGCUAUGACCUCUACUGCACAGAUGGCUCUUCGUCGUAUCAUGGAGCGCUACACAGCCAACACUCGAUUCUGCAUUAUUGCCAACUACACACACAAGCUUUCACCUGCGCUCUUGUCCCGUUGUACGAGAUUCCGAUUCAGUCCUCUCAAGGAGGCUGAUAUCCGUACCAUUGUGGACCAGGUCAUCGAGAAAGAGAAUAUCAAUAUCCAAUCCGAGGCUGUAGAUAGCCUUGUUACCCUUAGUAGGGGAGAUAUGCGACGAGCCUUGAAUGUUCUUCAGGCCUGUUACGCGAGCAGCAAACCUCUUCCCUUGCGUGAUGCACCCGAUGCACCUCUCCCAGAACCAGACACAAUCACCAAUGCCACGAUUUAUGACUGUAUCGCGGCCCCUCACCCCUCAGAUAUCGAAGAAAUCAUGUCUACUCUCCUCACCACUAGCGAUGUCACCUCCUGCCUCAAUACCAUCAAUACUCUCAAGUCCACAAAGGGUUUGGCCCUAGCAGAUAUCCUCGCCGCUUUGGCCGAGCAACUGCAAAAGCUGGAAGUACCAGCCCAAACCCGGAUUACUUGGCUAGAGGGACUUGCCGAGAUCGAGUGGAGACUGUCCGGAGGUGGAUCAGAGGCCGUUCAGACCGGCGGAUUAGUGGGCGUGAUGCGCAGUGGAUGUGAACUGAUGGGAGAUAAGGGAAUUGCAGUAUGA